AUGGGAAUGAUGGGUCCGGAGAGCAGGAGCCAUUCAGGAUUCAAGCAGGGCCCCCGCGGGCGAGAGAGCCGGAGUCAAGCGGAGAAGAUUAAGAAGCAGGAAAUGGAGAGCAGACCGCAAAUUGAGGAGAAGGUUGACGGGAACGGUGACGGGAAGUUUGAAGGGAAGAAUGAAGCGAAGAGUGAAGGGAAGGCGAGCGCGAAAGGAGGGAAGGUGAACAGGAUUCGGCAGGAGGCGCUAGAGCGGGAGAGGGAAGCGCGCGAGGAGAGGGAGGUGGCACGGAAGCAGCAGGCGUGGAGCAAGGAGGACAUGAAAUUCGCACGUUACGCGGCCGCCGUGAGGCGGAACGUUGCACGGAGUAAACGACAAGCGGCCAAGGAGAGGCGCAACAGCCUGCUGGAUGAGUGA